ACUUUAUACUUUUAAACUAUCUUUUAUUUUUAAUAGGUGUCCUAGCUGUAUCAAUUUUUUCUAGGAUAGCCUACUAGCAAACCAUUUUCCUAUCAACCCUUUAUUUGUCUAUAUUGCACUUGCCAGGCUUUCAGGCUCGGCUGAAGCUGAUUUAAAUGUCUUCAUCUACAUCCUUGAUUCUAAAACGCGGUAAUGUGUUUGUAAAGGAGGGUGGGCUGAGGUCAUUUAUCUGGUCUAAACGUUGGCUACAGCUACGCGACCAGAUGGUUACAGUCCAUAAAAACGAGAAUACAUAUCAAGCUCUUUCCAUUAUCUUACUCAAAGAGGUUGAAAGUGUUCAAAGGUCGGAUUUAAAACCAUUUUGCUUUGAAAUAACUACAAAAGACAAGUCUUAUUAUAUUGCCUGCGACAGCGACAGUGAAGUUUACUCUUGGAUGGAAGACAUUUACGCGAGAGCACCACAGGUUGGCAUUUCAAGCCCGACCAACUUUGCGCAUAAUGUUCACGUAGGAUUCGAUUCCCAAACAGGAGUUUUUCAGGGACUUCCUAAAGAAUGGAAUACCUUGCUGGAGCAAUCCAAUAUUUCCAAGGAUGAGAUGGCAAAAAACCCUCAAGUUGUUAUUGAUGUUCUUGGAUUUUUUGCAGAUAACAUGGGAAUGGGACGCACAAAGGAAGCCAACAGUAUGACAAUGCUGGAAAAAGUACCUUCGCUGGACAUGACAUCAUAUCUAGCUCAAGGAUCCCCCAAAGUAGAUAUCCUUGGUGAUUCUAUUGCCUCUGAACAAAUGUCUUCUACUGCAACGUUAUCUCACCCAUCCGCUCAUUCACAAGCACAAACCAAAAAUUAUGUGCAAAAAAAUAAGGCUGCAGAUUCAGAAUCUUCAGCAGCUUCUGCCAGUAACUACUCGCUGCAAAGUAGCCAUACAAAAGAAUCAUCACACGCCAAGCAGCCCAAUGGAAGUAGUAAAGAAAAUUUAAAAGAUACUGGGGUAGCAAUAAUAAAGAAAGAUCCACCACAACGCAGACUUUCUGGUCUGAACGAUCAGCAGCUAAUGGAUGUACUCAAAUCGAUUGUAUCCAAAGAAGAUCCAUUAAAAUUAUACACAAAGAUAAAGAAUAUUGGACAUGGCGCGUCUGGUUCAGUGUAUUUAGCAAAACAUAAUACCACUGGGGCGAUUGUCGCCAUCAAAGACAUGAUUAUGCCACGUCAACCUCGAAAAGAUAUGAUUGUCAACGAAAUUCUAGUCAUGAAAGAAUGUCAACACCCAAAUAUUGUCAAUUAUAUUGAUAGUUUUCUUGUUCGAGAAAGUCUAUGGGUGCUUAUGGAAUACAUGGAAGGGGGAAUGCUAACCGACAUUAUUGAUAAGCACACGUUUACCGAGUCUCAAAUUUCAAGUAUCUGUUUAGAGACGUUGCGUGGACUUUAUCAUUUGCACACACGUAAUAUUAUUCAUCGAGAUAUCAAAUCUGAUAACAUAUUACUUGAUAGAAAAGGACAAGUGAAAAUAUCUGAUUUUGGAUACUCGGCCAAGCUGAUGAAUGAUCGCUCAAGGCGAGCAACUAUGGUUGGCACUCCAUUUUGGAUGGCGCCAGAGGUUGUAUCCCAGAAAGAGUAUGGAGCAAAAGUAGAUGUCUGGUCUUUGGGAAUCAUGGCAAUUGAAAUGAUUGAAGGCCAGCCCCCAUACAUCAAUGAAGAACCGCUCAAGGCUUUAUAUCUUAUUGCCACAAAUGGUACUCCGAAACUAAAAAAGCCUGAAAAACUAAGCGCAACACUGCGAGAUUUUUUAAAGCGAUGUUUAGAAGUUGAUGUAUCAAAGCGCGCUUCAAGUGCAGAACUUCUUCAACAUCCAUUUUUUUUGAUUGCUGCACCACUCAGCUCAUUGAUUCCCUUUAUUGAAAGCGUACGAAAAGAAAAGCUUUUGUGAGAAAUUCUGAUCAAACUUUUGGUUCCACUCAAUAAAGCCAACGAUUAAAUG